AUGGCACCCGCCCAAGUAGAUACGAGCCCGCUUCUCGUGAAGAAGAGGUCUGCGAACACCUCCCUAUUUUCGCCGAAAAAAAUCGCGACCACCUCUGCCCUCAUCAUCGGCGUCUUCGUCGGCGCUCUCGCGGUGACGUCCGUUCGCCCCGCGAAAGUCGACGAGCCCGCGCUGCUUGGCGACGCGCAGUCCGGCGUCUCCGAAUCCUAUCGGCUCGGCGUGGAGAAACUGUACGAGAAGUUCAACGCGCGCGCGUCGGCCACCGGUGAGCUCGGCGAAGACGACGCGAACGAGCUUGAGAAGGAAAUCGCCGACCUCGGCUCUGGACCGACGAAAAUGGCACUUAUCAAAGAAAACGACGUGGGCUACUGCGAAAAUGACAAAGUGGAGUUCGGGACUCUCAUGAAUUUAACCCUCCCCAUGGCCCUCCUCAAGGACAAGAAGAAGGUUGUUCAUAAGACACUCGACGUGAAGAAGCCGCCGCCUGGACCUUUUCCUUCUUUGUCCGCAGCCUAUAAAAUUUUGAAGAUGGAAGACUUUGGAACCGUCCCCGUUCCCGUGACCUGCGACGUCGAUUUCUUUGGGGAAGACCCCGCACCCGGCAAACAGAAGUUCUGCAAAUGCAAGCAGAAGUCACGCGCCGUGACCUUUGCAGAGGGUAAAAUUGGGUGGUGCAAAAAAAGCAAGGUUCACAUCUCCGACGGCCACAAGCUGGUCACGAGCGACAAACUCAAAAAGAUGGCGAUUCCGCUCCCUUUCCCGUGCGUUGCCAAAGCGUUCAAGGGGGGAAUUGCAGACUUGGACGCCGGUGCGAAGAAGAAGUGCUUCUGCCAUAAGUAA